AUUCGUCAGGAAACAAAAAAUAGAUAAAAGCAGUUGUAGAUAGUUUUCUUUCAACGAGGAAUGCAAGAUUGCACUACACAGAAUAUAGCAAAAUUGUAUUUCACAUUCAAGGGUGAUAGCAGAUUGGAACAGGCACAUUAGAUCUUUUCAGCAUAGCACGAAUCUCACUUAUAUCUAAAUCAUCUUAUUGAAGACAUCGAGAUGUAUCAUUAUUACCAUCAAGGAAAGAGCAUGCAUCCUACGUCAAGAAUGUCCAUGCCUUCUGAAAGGCACUUAUUCCUGCAAGGUGCAAAUGGAACUGGAGAUUCAGGACUCGUACUUUCGACUGAUGCAAAGCCAAGACUAAAAUGGACUCCUGACCUCCAUCGGCGCUUCAUAGAAGCAGUUAAUCAACUAGGUGGAGCAGACAAAGCUACUCCAAAAUCAGUUCUGAAACUUAUGGGCAUUCAAGGUUUAACCUUGUACCACUUAAAGAGUCACCUUCAGAAAUACAGGCUCAGCAAGAACCUCCAUGGACAAGCUAACAGUGGGAGCAAUAAAGCAGUCACGGGAGAAAGAAUGUCCGGGACAUAUAGAACCCACAUGAGUAAUCCAAGCAUGGUAGCCCAGACAAAUAAAAAUUUACCCUUGAGCGAAGCAUUACAAAUGCAAAUUGAAGUGCAAAGAAGGCUACAUGAGCAGCUUGAGGUACAGCGCCAUUUACAGCUACGGAUUGAGGCCCAAGGUAAAUAUCUACAGUCCGUAUUGGAGAAAGCAGAGGAAACCCUAGGAACACAGAACUUGGGGACAAUUGAUUUGGAGGCAGCCAAGGUUCAGAUAUCAGAUUUGGUGUCUAAAGUAUCUACCCAAUGCCUGAAUUCUGAAUUUUCAGGGAUGAAAGAAGUGUCGGAUUUGUCCCUACAGCAAAUAAAAACAACUCAGCCAACGGAUUGUUCAACAGACAGCUGCUUAACCUCCUGUGAAGGUUCUCUCAGGGACCAAGAAUUGUACAAUAACCAAAUAGGAUUGAAAACUUUGAAUUUUCGAGAACCUAUAGAGUCGAGGAUUAUUGACAAUGAACUCAGGGUGCAGAAGACUGAACUCAAACUGUGCGAAGACCUGAAAGUGAGCAGCAGAUUUCUUUGUGCAACAAAUGACAAUGUAGAAAAAGCAUUUGCUACAGAAGAGAACUCCAGAAAUUUGUCGAUGGCCAUUGGACCUCAGAGAGGACUAUGGAAUGGCAGUAGUAGCUGUUCAGGGGAAAGACAUAGAGAAGCUGAUGCAGAUGCUAAAUAUUUAGGCCGAGAUGCUCAUAGACCAGAGAAGCAGAAGACAAAACUACCUUACUUUACAACAGAACUGGAUCUAAACAUGGAUGACAAAAAUGAUCCUGCUUCAAGUUGCAAGCAAUUCGAUUUAAAUGGCUUCAGCUGGAGCUGAGAGGAAAUUAUUAUUUUACAUCAAGGAAGAAAGUUUAUAUUCAACUUCAGAAGCUGAAUUCUCUCAUUUGGUUAGGGAAGAAAAAAUCACUGAGAUAAUGAAUGAAGGGUCUGCCACAUUUAGAGCAUUGUAACCUAAUGAGUUGUGCGUGCGUGCAUAACUUUUUGAAUCUAAUAUUAGUUGAGGUUGAAGGGCUCUAGCACAAGAUUUCUUCACAGUUAAAUAAUAUUUGACUUUAAAUUUA